CAGCUGGAUUAGAAGGCAAUCGGUCAUCGAUUGUGGCUACAAUUCGUGAUCGUGCAUACUGUCGAGAUCAUCGAUGCUGAUGGGAUUGAGUAUUGCUGAUCAACUCCAGGAGCUCGGUGAGGGGAGGGCCGCCUGAUCGACUCCACUUGCUCUGAGAUUGGAGUACUUCGUCAUAAGAGAUCUAGUGAAGAAUUAGAGUGGAAACGUGGUGAGGCGGCCAGGGGUGGCCGGGCUAAUGUCAUGCAGGUAGGGAGUGUCAUGCAAUAGUGUGCUUCAUUGCUGGCAAUUUAACUUCCAGGGGCAGAAUCGGCAUCAUAGGUAGGGCGAUUUCAGGUUUAGGUGUAUGCUCUUCACGUCCAUCAUCUGCCGCCGUGUCCAUUCGACCAAUUAAUGGUUCUCGCAGAAUUUAUGGGGCUGGUUGGAACAUCACGACAGCAGUACGCUUUCAGUCGCUAGCUCUCCCAGUUAUAUAUUCGUUCUCUUAUCUGACGGCAGGAAGCGGCAUCUAGGUUUCCAAACCUUAACAUGUACGUAUAUUGGAAUAUAAGCCAGAAACAGAGUGAUUCUAGGAAUUGGCUGUGCCCUGGCUAGUCUAAGCUUUUGGAAAAGCAGCAAGGCCAAUUCGGGGAGGCGCAGGAGUAGGAACCAUCGCGCUACAGCAGAAGACCAAGAAACGUUGAACAGAUUGCACCGAAUUGCAACUUAGAGGUUGGGACCGAGAGAGGCAUCUGUCUCUAAUUCUUGUCUAGAUUUCUGCCCGUAGUAUAUCGCAUUCCUCCAGGUUCACUGUUUGCCAAGUGCACAUGAAAUGUGCAGUUUGAGAUCUAGGUUGGAUUCAUUCCCCUGUCGAGGCUAUCAUAUGAGUGGAGAAGAAUAAUUCGAAUCUUUUGGCAGGUCAAUCAAGCCAGCAGGUCCUUGAAACUCUCGACUGAACUGAACCUUUCUGCAUUGAAAGGAGAAUACAUAAAAAUAUUAGAGCCCAAAUUCUGUUACUGAAUCCGAUAGUUGGCAUCUACAGUUUACUCUGUGUUGCUGACUACAGGUCUUCAGUCUGUAGCAUAAUCUUGGAACAGAGGAAUUCAGCGAUGGGUUUAGCGUGGGGUUGGGCUUGCGCUGCAGGUGCAUGUGCUGCGACAUCUGCGAUCAUGGCUAAGCUGGCUUCUCCUCUUGAAAGAUGGGAUUUCAAAGUGGCUUGCUAUGCAAUCGUCGUUCUGUGUAAUGUGUCAAUGUGGAGCCUUUACGUCAGAAGCUUGACAGCUCUAUCUUCCCUCCAAGCCACGGUUGUCAACUUCGGCAGCAACUUUCUUCUGUCAGGGUUGGCAGGAUUCCUUAUCUUCAGUGAGCCGGCUCAUUUCGAGUGGUUCGCCGGUGCGGGCUUUAUCUUGGCUGGUAUUUGGGUCAUCAGCAAUGCUGGUGAAGAAUUACAGGCGAAGAAGAUGGAUUGAGAGCAAAUGCGGCCUGCGAGCUCUUUGGUAAGGAGGCGAAGGAAGAAGGGAACUUGGUGUGUCAGGAGAUCACUUACCUCUCUGGUAUUUUUUACGUCCAAUUCUCUGUGAUUAGUUCCGUUUGGAUGCUUCCUGGUUUUUCUGGUGACCUUGUGCUGCAUAUUUUAGACCUUGGAGUACUUUUGUACUCUUCGAUCUCUUGCAGCCAGUGAACAAAAGCUGCUCCGUAUUCUAUUCGAAAAACGAGAUUCUAGCUCAAAAUGAGUUUGUAGGCUGAGAGCCAAGUACCAUCUCACCUGCAGACCAGUCUCAAGGCAACAGCCCUACGUAGAAAAUAUCUCUUCAAGACGGUCAUUCUGACGAGAAAUGUCAGGUUCCAAGUCUAUCGGAUCACGUAUUAUCUUCCCACUCACUAAUGCUCGUACGGGUGGUGCAAGUUGUCAUGUCCUUCUCGGGUGUCGGAAAGAAAUGUAACCGACGUUCAUAUUUGGGCAUAUUCAGGUCAGAGAGCUCGCCUACUCAGUACUAUCUGCCCGUCCAGCACCAUCCAACUUUCGGUGUUUUUUUAAUUCAGAUGAGUUUGUCUCGUAUCGAUUUGGGUUCAACAGUUUCUAAAUACAGCCGGGAUACACAGUAUUCUUUUUGGAGGAUGAACUCGCGCUGAUCUGCAUAUGUGCUGUUCAGACGAUGUAUCUCUUAUCAUCACCUAUUCAAGUAUUUUUCCACGCA